GGGGUCGCGCUGUGUGACGUAACGUGCGUCAUCUUUGAAAAUAAGCGGGAGGAGGAAGCUUUGAGGGAAUAACGAGUUUUCGCUGCUUUUCUCGAUAAAACAUACAAACAAAUAAUUAAAACGCAACUCAUUUCUGAUAUAUCUCUUCAUGGCGCUCCUGACACCGUACAGUAAGGUCCCGGAGCUCAACACUGCUACUGUACUCUUGGUCGAAAAUGAGGAGGAGCUGCAGUCCAAACUAGCCAACGCCAUAGUCCAAUAUGAAAAAGAUUUCAACGUCAACGUACGACUGGCCAGAAAACUCCCUCUGCCCGUUGAGAACAAGGAAACCCGUCCUCGUAUUGAUUUAAUAGUGUUUAUAGUGAAUCUGCUGUCAGAGCGCAGUCUGCAGUCAGUGGAAAGCUCUCUCGCUCAUCUGCACUCAGACUGCUUCUUGGGGAAAGUGUGUUUCCUGGUCACCGAUGCUCGCUGCGGCUCUCACACUCAGGAGCGUUUGGUCAGCGUAAGAAAACUCGCUGCCUCACAUCAGUGUCCCGUCAUCUGCGCUGAGCACAGGACGGCAGAUGGCGUGAACGCAGCAGCCGUGCGCCUCCUCAACAUUCUGAAGGUGACCGCGGGAAUGUCGCCCAUAGCAACCACCGCCCUCUACCUGUCCUCUCUGACCCGCUGCUCGGUGACCUCUGACCUUGAAGAGGACUAACCUCCAAUAAGAUCAGUUAGGGACUCCAUUAAGACUCGCUUCAUUACUUUGAAUUUCCACACAGGAAACACAAGUUGCAGAUAGUCACACUGGACCGCAGAUUAGUUCAGGUGGGUCCGACUGUUAUUUUAACGGGAGUGUCUGUGAAUUUUACCUUCCCAUGGAACUUUAUUAGCUGCUUUGUGUUUUUACGGCUGUCUGUCACAUAUGUUCAACUCUUGUACUGAAUUAGUAAAACAUCCAAACAGCAGGGGGAGCCGUUGGGCAGCGAAUGAAUUGCUCAUAACAUAUUCCCCAAAUAAUGAUCCCUCUACAGUAUUUAUAAAUAAAAGAAUUGAAUUUUUAA